CACUUCCGGGGCGGAGGAGGCUGAGUGGUGCAGUGAGGGACAAACAAAAGGAGGCGCCGGAGGAGCGCAGUGGCCGGCGGCGGGACGGAGCGGCCGGGGGCUCGGGCUGCCUGCUGGGCGGCCGGGUGCGGCGAGCCCAGGGAGGCAGCGUCUAUGGAGCAAAAGGAAUGCCAGGACCCUGCCCGGCCAGACGUGGGCCAGCCUCAGCGCCCACAGCCGACGCACAGAUAGCAGAGCCGUCCUCCGGGUGGAACCAUGAUUCCGGUGACGGAGCUCCGCUACUUUGCGGACACGCAGCCGGCGUACCGGAUCCUGAAGCCGUGGUGGGACGUGUUCACCGACUACAUCUCCAUCGUCAUGCUGAUGAUCGCCGUCUUCGGGGGCACGCUGCAGGUCACGCAGGACAAGAUGAUCUGCCUGCCUUGCAAGUGGGUCACCAAGGACUCCUGCAACGACUCCUUCCGCAGCUGGGCAGCCCCCAGCCCGGAGCCCACCUACCCCAACUCCACCAUCCUGCCGGCCCCUGACGCGGGCCCCACGGGCAUCAAGUACGACCUGGACCGGCACCAGUACAACUACGUGGACGCCGUGUGCUACGAGAACCGGCUGCACUGGUUUGCCAAGUACUUCCCCUACCUGGUGCUGCUGCACACCCUCAUCUUCCUGGCCUGCAGCAACUUCUGGUUCAAGUUCCCGCGCACCAGCUCGAAGCUGGAGCACUUCGUGUCCAUCCUGCUCAAGUGCUUCGACUCGCCGUGGACCACGAGGGCCCUGUCCGAGACGGUGGUGGAGGAGAGCGACCCCAAGCCGGCCUUCAGCAAGAUGAACGGCUCCAUGGACAAGAAGUCGUCGACCGUGAGCGAGGACGUGGAGGCCACCGUGCCCAUGCUGCAGCGGACCAAGUCGCGGAUCGAGCAGGGCAUCGUGGACCGCUCGGAGACGGGCGUGCUGGACAAGAAGGAGGGGGAGCAGGCCAAGGCGCUGUUCGAGAAGGUGAAGAAGUUCCGGACGCACGUGGAGGAGGGGGACAUCGUGUACCGCCUGUACAUGCGGCAGACGAUCAUCAAGGUGAUCAAGUUCGCCCUCAUCAUCUGCUACACCGUCUACUACGUGCACAACAUCAAGUUCGACGUGGACUGCACCGUGGACAUCGAGAGCCUGACGGGCUACCGCACGUACCGGUGCGCGCACCCGCUGGCCACGCUCUUCAAGAUCCUGGCGUCCUUCUACAUCAGCCUGGUCAUCUUCUACGGCCUCGUCUGCAUGUACACGCUCUGGUGGAUGCUGCGGCGCUCGCUCAAGAAGUACUCGUUCGAGUCGAUCCGCGAGGAGAGCAGCUACAGCGACAUCCCCGACGUCAAGAACGACUUCGCCUUCAUGCUGCACCUCAUCGACCAGUACGACCCGCUCUACUCCAAGCGCUUCGCCGUCUUCCUGUCGGAGGUGAGCGAGAACAAGCUGCGGCAGCUGAACCUCAACAACGAGUGGACGCUGGACAAGCUGCGGCAGCGGCUGACCAAGAACGCGCAGGACAAGCUGGAGCUGCACCUGUUCAUGCUCAGCGGCAUCCCGGACACGGUGUUCGACCUGGCGGAGCUGGAGGUGCUCAAGCUGGAGCUGAUCCCGGACGUGACCAUCCCGCCCAGCAUCGCCCAGCUCACGGGCCUCAGGGAGCUGUGGCUGUACCACACGGCGGCCAAGAUCGAGGCGCCCGCGCUGGCCUUCCUGCGCGAGAACCUGCGGGCGCUGCACAUCAAGUUCACGGACAUCAAGGAGAUCCCGCUGUGGAUCUACAGCCUGAAGACGCUGGAGGAGCUGCACCUGACGGGCAACCUGAGCGCCGAGAACAACCGCUACAUCGUCAUCGACGGGCUGCGCGAGCUGAAGCGCCUCAAGGUGCUGCGGCUCAAGAGCAACCUGAGCAAGCUGCCGCAGGUGGUGACGGACGUGGGCGUGCACCUGCAGAAGCUGUCCAUCAACAACGAGGGCACCAAGCUCAUCGUCCUCAACAGCCUCAAGAAGAUGGUGAACCUCACCGAGCUGGAGCUGAUCCGCUGCGACCUGGAGCGCAUCCCCCACUCCAUCUUCAGCCUGCACAACCUGCAGGAGAUCGACCUCAAGGACAACAACCUCAAGACCAUCGAGGAGAUCAUCAGCUUCCAGCACCUGCACCGCCUCACCUGCCUGAAGCUGUGGUACAACCACAUCGCCUACAUCCCCAUCCAGAUCGGCAACCUCACCAACCUGGAGCGCCUCUACCUGAACCGCAACAAGAUCGAGAAGAUCCCCACGCAGCUCUUCUACUGCCGCAAGCUGCGCCACCUGGACCUCAGCCACAACAACCUGACCUUCCUGCCCGCCGACGUCGGCCUGCUGCAGAACCUCCAGAACCUGGCCGUCACGGCCAACCGGAUCGAGGCGCUCCCUCCGGAGCUGUUCCAGUGCCGGAAGCUGCGGGCCCUGCACCUCGGCAACAACGUGCUGCAGUCCCUGCCCUCGCGCGUGGGCGAGCUGACCAGCCUGACGCAGAUCGAGCUGCGGGGCAACCGGCUGGAGUGCCUGCCCGUGGAGCUGGGCGAGUGCCCGCUGCUCCGGCGCAGCGGCCUGGUGGUGGAGGAGGACCUGUUCAACACGCUGCCGCCCGAGGUCAAGGAGCGGCUCUGGAGGGCCGACAAGGAGCAGGCCUGAGCCGACGGCCCGCGCAGGACCCCGCCGCGCUCCCGGGCAGCCGCCCCGGCCUUGCAGGGCAGGAGCCUGGGCCGGACGUGCGAGGAGGACGCGGACAGGACUGGCGUGCGAGGGGCUGGCCCCUUUUCUCCCUCGGAGACUCACG